AUGAAUCUAGGAAAAAACCCACGAAAUAAAAAUGUUAGGAUAGUGAAUGCAUUAAGGAGUGGUAAGAUCUUACCUGAUCCUUAUCCCCAAAUAUUAGAAGAAAAAGAAAACGUGGACAAACCAAAACAAAAUCAAAUAGGAGUAGAAGAGGAUUUUAUAGAUUCUACCCAAGAAAUUUCGAAAGAGAGGACGACCAUUCCAUUUCCUAAAGCUCUAGAGCCUAGACAAAGAAAGAAAAAGGAACACAAUGAAGAAAUAAAGAAAAUUUUACAAGAUGUGCAAAUUAGUCUUCCUUUACUCACUGCCAUUGAACAUAUUCCUGAAUAUGCUAGAGUUUUGAAAGAAAUGUGUACACCAAAAAGGGCACCUAGAGUAGAAAAAUUAUCUAUGCAUGCUAGUGCAUUAUUAUUAAAUCAAUUACCAUAUAAAUUGAGAGAUACAAGUGCCCCUUUAAUUUCGUGUGAUAUUGGUGGAUUCAUUUUUCAGAAUGUAUUACUUGACACCGGUGCUAGUAUUAAUUUAUUACCUACAAGUAUUUGUGAUAAAUUUAAUAUUUCUGAUCUUAAACCAUCUACUGUUACCUUACAAUUUGCUGAUAGAUCCAUAAAACAUCCUAAAGGUAUUUUAGAAAAUGUGAUGGUGACAGUUAAAGGGUGUAAAUUUUUAGCUGAUUUUGUAGUGCUGGAAAUGGAUUUUAAUGGACAGUUUUAUGAUAUGCCAAUCAUCCUAGGGAGACCAUUUUUGCAUACAGCAAAGAUGAAUAUUGAUUUUCCCAUAGGUAUUGCGAAAAUUUCAUGUGGAGAUCAAUCAGUAGAAAUUAAAAUUUUUGAGGUACCAAAUGAUCUUAAGAAAUCACAAGUAUAUGAUUGUCAUACCAUAAAUCUUCUAGAUGAUUUUGAUGAUCCAGAUGUUAUUGAUGACUGUGUGCUGAAAGAAUUAGAGGAAAUAGAGAAUAUAAAUUUGGGAGAAAAGAAAGAGGAAGAUCAUCUGAAUUUAGAGUUGAAACCUCUUCCCUCUAGUUUAAAAUAUAUGUUUUUGGAGGAAAAUAAUUCAUUUCCUGUUAUUAUUACAGCUGAUUUGAGUGAUGAACAUGAAGAAGAAUUAUUAGAUGUACUUCGAAAAAUUAAGAAGGCUAUGGGCUGGAAAAUGGACGAUCUAAAGGGCAUUGAUAUGAGUGUAUGCAUGCAUAGUAUAUAUCUAGAGGAGGGGGCCAGAACUAGCAGGGAACCACAACGAAGAUUAAAUCCUAACAUGAUGGAAAUUAUAAAAAAAGAAAUUUUAAAGUGGCUGGCUGCUGAUAUUAUUUAUCCUAUUUUAGAUAGCAAAUGGGUUAGUCCUACACAAGUAGUGCCAAAAAAAUCAGGGAUCACGGUUAUAAAAAAUGAAAAUGGGGAUGAAAUACAAACAAGAUUAACUACCGGUUGGAGGGUUUGCAUUGAUUAUAGAAAUUUAAAUUCAGUUACUAGAAAAGAUCAUUUUCCCCUACCAUUUACUGAUCAAAUUCUAGAAAAAUUAGCUGGAAAAAACUUUUUUGUUUUCUAG